GAUACUACAUAGCUUGAAAAGUUCCCCAACCACCACACAUCUGAGUGAUAUGAGGCCCUGAAGAACCUUACUCGAAAUGCAAGCUGCGCCGAGACCUCUUGCCGGUGACAAGUCACCAGGGCAUUCCGCUCCGUUGCCAUGGACGCUGAUGAACUCACUGGAGCCUGCAUUGAACAUCGUAAAGACCUCAACUAAGCCGGUGGCAGAAACGGCGCAGCAUGUAUUCAUAGAGAAAGAAGGCAUCACGGCGGCUGUGGAGAAAAUCACGCUAGAAAAGCUGAACGAACUUGUGUCUCCGAAGGCCUAUAACACGGAAAUUCAUUACGUGGACGACGGCCCCCUGACGGUCCAGUACCUGUUGGUAGUAGAUGCGCUGAACUUCUGCUUCUGGCCAGAGGAGGAACUGGAAUACGAGCAGUUGUCACUGGGCGUCAAGGCGGCGCUGGAGGAGGACCCCACGGCCCUUGACGCGGAGAACCUGAUGUGGAUGGACGGCGAGGGCGUGCGGCGGCUGCUGCGCUGGCCGCGCGACGUGCCGCUGCAGGAGGAGCGGGCGCGGCUGCUGCGGGAGGUGGGGGCGGGCCUCAUGAGCCACUUCGGCGGCUCGGCGGCGGCCAUGGUGGAGGCCGCAGGCGGCUCGGCGCUGACGCUGAUGCAGCUUGUGGCGCAGCUGUUCCCGGGCUUCAGGGACCACGCCAUCUACAAGGGCCAGCAAGUGUUCCUGUACAAGCGCGCCCAGAUAUUUGUGGGCGACGUGUACGGCGCAUUCCGGGGGCAGGGGCUGGGGAUGUUCUGGGACAUUGACCAGCUCACCAUGUUCGCUGACUACCGGGUGCCUGUGGUGCUCCGGACCAUGGGCGUGCUGCGCUACAGCCAGCAGCUGGAGGACAAGAUCCAGCGGCGCGAGCAGAUCCCCGCCGGCAGCGAGGAGGAAGUGGAGAUCCGCGCCUGCACCGUGGUGGCGGUGGAGCAGCUGCGCGAGGCCAUCGCUGCCAAGUUCCUGGGCACGGCUGGCGCGCAGCUACCUCACGCCAUCCAGCUGGACUGGUGGCUGUGGGAGCUGGGGGAGCGCGAGCGCAAGAACCACCCGCCCCACCACCGCACCCUCACCGUCUACUACUGAGCAGCAGAAGCAGCAGCAGCAGCAGCAGCAGAAGCAGGAGCAGCAGCACCGUUGGGGCCAGCAGUGGUGGGAGGAGGAGGCGAGUCAGCAAGAUCAACUGCAGCGUCAGGAGCAGUAGUAGGAGCAGCAGCAACCAAGGGGGGACCUGGGGGGAGGGGGGGCUGCGUGGGGCUGUGUUGUGCGCGUGGGCGUGGCGGGGGAGCCGUCACUCCACAGGCCCAGGUAGCAGAGAGACCCAGAACGGGGUGGCGGAGGCAGGCACAAGAAACAUGGCGUGUGUUUGGGGGGGAGGAAUCGCUGCCGCAUUUGCAUUGCACUUGCGUGUCUUUUGUGCGCGGGGUUUUGGCAUUGCUGGAGGACCUGUCCGUGCCUGUCACUUGGGUGAGGGCGGGGCGAAGCGGUGCAUGCCUCAAACUGAAACCUGGACUCGGGAGAUCGCAGCCAGGCCCCAACGAACGCCCUCGAGUGGACGUUCUGACGCGUGUACUUUGCCGCGUUGGAGUAUCUGGCGCAUGAGAGGUGGGGAUCUAUUUGGCGCGUUUGUUGCCAAGCUUGGUGGUUCCUUUCUUCAAUAUGCAUACCGUAUGCUGUAAGGUCUUUCUGUCUUUGAACUGAUGCUCGGCAAGACGCGUGCAUGUGCAUGUGGCACCGGUGACUGGAGUGGGUAGCGCUUCGCACUGAUGACUUUGGGGGGGCGCAGGGAUGGGUGAGCGCCGGGCGGGGGCUCUCCUUGCGGGUCGUACGGGCUUGCGUGCCGGCUGCCUAGAUUGGCUGUGGAAGUCAAAAGGAGUUGCGUAACAGCGUUACCGGAGUGCUUUCCUAAGCAGUUGCGCCCGCAUGCGAAGCGUUAGUCCUAGCGCCGGUGCGCAGAGGUUGACUUGUGCGGCCAGGCCGCAAAGGAGAUCAAGGACGACUGGUACGAGCUCUACCCGGUGUGAAGGCGCCAAGCUGAGUCAGGGGGUGAUCGGCCAAAACUCGGUCUGUGUUUGUCACAGGAAAUGUUGCCCGUUUCGCCCCGCCUGCAAUGUCUUUGGGUUUGGCCCUUGCCUUGCUCUAUUGCAUGGGGUUGAGUACCGGCAGGCGGUUCGGCAGACGGUUCGGCAGCCCGCUGCUGUACUGUGUUGGACUAGUCCAAGCAAAAUGCAAAAUUGUUACCGUGCG